UGGUAUUGUCUAUUUAUGUGCACCGUUUCGACGAAAAUGUACCUCAUAUAUACAAAUGUAUGUGGCUUUGUGAUACUAAUGGUAACCCAGACAGUCCUACUACUACUACUACUACUAAGAAGAAGAAGAGGAAGAAGAAGAAGGAGGAAAAGGAGAAAUAAUAAGACAGAAGAAUAGUAAUAAUAGUAAAACAUAAAUAACUGUAUAUGUUAAGCGCUGUAGAUCGGUACAUAUUACUUCCCAGUGGUUUUAUAAAAGCGAGCGAUUCAACCUCUCCGCCUGUCUUUAUUCUCAAAGAGCGUCACACGUGGGCGGAGCUUAUGUACCAACAUGGGCGUGACAUACUCUCGCAACGGGCGUGGCUUCCAAGUCCAAGUGGGCGUGGAUUCCUCUCCGCGCUCCGCUCGUCUGACGAUUCUCGUAUCGAUCUCUGGGUCCAAAAAAACCCACCCAGACUCGGUGUGCGCUGUAGGUUUUUUUGUCCGUGUGGAAGGAGAAAUGCGAUGUCCAGCGCGGACACACCGACCCCAACCGCCCUGUUUGUGGACUGACCGCUUCCCCACGGACCCAGGAACCUAAGAAGAAGAAGAAGAAAAGCCCCGUGGCUCCAGUACUCCUCACUUUUGCGUUGUUGUUUUUUCUCUCCCCUCCGCUACUACCGCUGCUGCAACUCUCCGGCGUGGACGGUUAAGCUCCGGAGCGCUAGCCUGUAGCCGCAGUUAAACUCGCUUUAGCGUCCCGGGGAGGAAGCGCCAGGCUCCGGCUCCUCGGCUCUGUCUCGCCCCGUGUCCCGUCCCGCUCGCUGGAUGGCCGGGUAUGGGGAGAGCAGGCUCCUGCUGCCCCGGGGCUGAGCGCCUCCAGCUCCCGGCCUCCCUCUGCCUGCUUCUCCUGGGAUAUCUGACUCUCCUGGCUCCGCUCGGGGAGAGCCAGGUGCAGACCCCGCAGUGUCGGAUCCAGAAGUGCACCACAGACUUCGUCUCACUCACCUCACACCUGAACCCCUCUCUGGAUGGCUUCGAUGCUGAGUUCUGCAAGGCUCUGCGGGCCUACUCAGGCUGCACCCACCGCACAUCCAAGAGCUGCAGGGGCAACCUGGUCUUCCACUCAGCCUUGCUGGGCAUCAGUGACCUCAUGAGCCAGAGGAAUUGCUCCAAGGACGGCCCCACGUCCUCCACCCACCCCGCGGCCCCCAUCGAGCCUUGCAACUACCAUAGCCGCCACCAGCACCAGGCCACCCUGCCUGGGACGGGGGCGGAACUCCCACGCCCCAACUACCUUUUCUGCGGCCUGUUCGGGGACCCGCAUCUCAGAACGUUUAAGGACCAGUUUCAGACCUGUAAGGUGGAGGGGGCGUGGCCCCUUAUUGAUAACAAUUACCUGUCAGUGCAGGUGACAAAUGUGCCGGUGGUGCUGGGUUCGAGUGCCACAGCGACUAAUAAGAUAACAAUAAUUUUCAAACCGUACCAGGAGUGCACGGACCAGAAGGUGUACCAGGCGGUGACAGAUGACCUGCCGGCGGCCUUCGUGGACGGCACUGUGAUGGGUGGCUCCAGCGAGAUGCGCAGCUUGCUGGUGGUAGAAAAGUCUCCAGGCCAUCACGUAGAGCUGCACGCUGCCUACAUUGGUGUGACAGUGGUGGUGAGGCAGCUGGGCCGCUACCUGACGCUCGCUGUGCGCAUGCCUGAGGAGCUGGCCAUGGCUUUCGAUGAGACACAGGACCUGCAGCUGUGCAUGAACGGCUGCCCCAGCUCAGAGCGUAUCGACCAGGAGGGCCGUCUGCAGCUGCCCGUGCUGGGCCUCCAGCAGCAGCAACAACAAGUCAGGCCAGGGACAGCGACAGCCCAGCGGGGGUCCACCUUCAGCCUAGAGAGUGCCUCCAGCAAGUGCAGGGAGCAGCUGGAGGUCAAGGACAUUUACUUCCACUCCUGCGUUUUUGACCUCCUGACCACCGGGGACGCUAACUUUACCUCAGCCGCCUACAACGCGCUGAAGGACGUGGAGAUGCUGCACCCCAAGAGGGAGCACUGGCACAUUUUCUCACGCUCAGGAGCCCAGAAAAGUUCCUCAGCGGCCAUAAGCGCACUUCUGCUUUGCUUACUCAUGGCUGUACUUUUGUAAUCAUAAAGGCAAAAACAUGAGAAAAAGUGGAAAGACACUGAAAACAAUCAUAACGUUGCUUGUAUAUACUGUGUAAACGCCUGCGGAGGAGGCUGGAGACGUACCUUUCUAUGACUGUAAAUUUUGUGUACAUGCCAUUUGCAGGGGUGGGGCGGGAAGGGGGCGGGGUUUGGACGUCUUUUUUUUACGUGUGUGAAUUUUUGUGACCUUGUUUUGUCGUCGUCCUCAGGAGAGGAAGUCUUAACAGAAGCACUUUAUUUUUUAUGUUGCUACGUAACUACAGAACAGUGUUCCAUAGAACCAGAGCUUUUCUCGGUACCCACAAGCGCUUUUUGUUUUGGUUUGUUUUUCGGUGAAAUUCUUCACAUCUCUGUACAUAGAUAGGACUUACCUCACCAUUUAACUCCACACAACCAUGUGACAGUAGCUUUUUUGAAGGGCGCAGUCUCCCUAGUAAUGUGGUUUGACGUUCGAAGGUUCAGAAAGAAUUGUGACAGUCACAGUAUCUGUCUGUACAUCUUUCCUCGUUUUGUAGUCUAGAACUCAGUAUCGUCUUUGUCUCAGUGUAGAUUUAAAACAAAAAGAUAUGAAGAAUUCAAGCAAACACGGCUGAAGUAAACCUAAACCUCAAUGGCGUAAAACAGGGACUUCACUGGUGUUCAGUGGCUUGUUGCCCAUCCAGCAGGGCAAAUUUCAUUUGCAUUAAUAAUUCUGGUCCUGCAUUUCAUCAGCGACAAUCAGAAUCUUUUCUUUACCCAGCACAGACAUUUACCAGUCAUGGAUAGCAUAAAGAUGGCAAAGCAACGUGAUUUGAUUAAGAUUUUCCUCUCCAGAGCAAGGUCCAGCACUAUAUUCACUGAGGAAACUGGAAAGUAGUGAUUUCUCCUUUGCUAAAGUGAGCCAUGCCUUGCUUCCUGUGAUCAGCUCUCUCUUUGACUUUUGGCUCACUACUAAUGUACUAACUUUUCUUUAGUUUAGCUCCGUUGCCAAACAAGUUCCACCGUCAGUUAUCUCCUGUUCAGUACGACUUUCUUGUUUCCCUCCAACCAAAGAUCUUGUGCAUUCUUUUGCUAUUACAGCGUGCAGCUGGUGCGAGCAAAAAUAUACAUCUAUUAGGUAUGUACACUGUUGUUAUACCAGAGAUGGUCAGCAUUGCCGUUUGGUGCAUUAUCUUUCCUUAUGAAUGAUAUUCCAUAUGACUUUUGUUUUGCCAAAAAUCAGUGUGGGCCACUGUUUCAGGACACACAUACAAGGUAUUUCCUAAUUAGCACAUGAAGCUCAUGGCACUAUUCUAGGUUUUGUGAGCCAAUGCCCUGCAUAAACACAACCAAUUAGACCAUUUUUAUGCCAGGAUUCAUGGUAAGAAAUGCAAAAAUGUGUUUGACAAUGUUUUUCUCCUCAGAGAAUGCUUAUGGGUGUCUUAAAGAGCAUCUUUAAGGACUUUCCACAUCCACAAACCGUUUGAAGUACGUUUAUUUGGAGAACUUCCAAAUAUCCAAUUGAUUUUGAAGAAAUAUUCCCAAAACAUGCUGUUUCCCUAAAGAAAAAGCUCACUGUGCUUUGAGUUUGCAAUGAACUGAUUAUGCCAGCGAUGUAAAAUCUCAUACUUUAUGGUGAUUGCCUUACGGUGCAUCCACAAUGGAAGCCCAUAGAAACACUCCCCACCUAAAAUCUUCCUUUGUACCAUAUUCCUUUUUUUAAAGACUUGCUACUGUAGACUCAUGUUUGUACGUUUAUUUGCAACUACUGCCAGUGCCGAAGAGCUGCUACCAUACUGUGACAAGUGUAAUAGAUUGUAUUUGGAACACUGGGAGCGGUGAGUGGCCAAAUCCUAGAUGGUCUGUAUUGAUUGGCCGAAUCCUUAGAUGGCCUGUAUCGAUUGGCCAAAUAUCAGAUGGGCUUUAUUUCAUUAUAUAAUGGAAUAUUUAAAGACCAGAGCAAGGCAUCUGAGUGCAAUUAACUGCAAAGGUAAGCCUUCAUCCUGUGUUUUUGCUUUGUUGCGUUUGAUUUUGUGAUUUUUUUUUCGUGAGUGAAUUCUGUUUUUGUGAAGAGUGACUGCUCAAUGUUUAUACUUAAAUUAUUUAUGAAAUAUAGUGUCUUGUUAGAGAAGUUAAGCUCCAUAUUCUUGCUGUUCAGAAAAAAAAGUUUCAGAUGUGAUUGUACUGCCACCUAGUGGACCACCAUUGUUACAUCAGUGUUUUAGUAUUGUACUGGAUGCGGUGACUUAAAAACAAGGAAAAAAGGAAAAAAAUGUGUUUUAUUUAAAACAUUAAAUGAAAAUACAUAAAUGUUGUUGACUUUUGUUGGUUACUGUUCAUCAGAUAAUGUCACUUAUUAUUAACGUGUCUCUGUAUUGACAGUUUAACAACUUACAGACACUGUAUCGUUGUGUUUUUCAAAUACAAAGCGUACACAUUCAUAUCCA